CUCUCUCUCUCUCUCUUUUUUUUUUUCUGAAGAAGCAAAUCAGAAAUUUCAUUUUUGGUACAGUGUAAACAAAGCAAGGUGAAGGUGGUUCCCGCGAGGGAAACUCGGAUCAAACCAAGGCGUCUCUCUUCUUUUUUCAUCUUCUCCAUCUUCAAAUCUGUUUUCUUUCCAGCAAAGAGAUAAGGAAGGCGAUAGCUUUGUUCCUCGAUUGUCGUCUUGAAGAGAGAGAGAGAGAGAGAGAGAGGAAAUGGAGGCAGCCAUGGGACUGCUUAGAAGAAUGCCGCCGAAGCAGACGGACACGGCACUUUCCGCUCUCUUGAGCCUUUUGCCUCAGCACUCCUCCGAUCUCCUCUCUCAAGUCGAUCAGCCUCUCCAGAGAUGCAGACUCUUAUAGGUAUUCUUGAAUUAUAUACCUUCCAAUUUUGAUUGAAAGUUCUGCCCCGAUUCUGAUCUGCAUUUAUCCUCUUGAUGCCCCUGAAUCCCACUUGGGCUGUUUUAUUGUUUAGGAACUGAGAUUUUAUAUUUCCAUCCUUUUUUGCAUUUCCAUAUUUUUGUCUUGAAAUUAAUAAAUAGGAUGUCAAAACAAUCAUCAUGACUGCCUAUGAAGCCGUGUCUAUGCCAACCAUCUGCUUGUGAUUUAGUUUGUCCUUUGUUCCUGGAUCCAGAUGGUGGGCUCAUGAAUGUUGACCCCUGUUAGGAAUUUUCAUGCAAAAGACCUAUAUGCUAUUUUGUUUAUUUUAGAGAAGCAUAUCCCUGUGGUCUAUGGUACCACACUUCUCUAAUUAAUACCUUUCUGUAUAUUACUUAAAUGUUAAAAAAGAUUGUUUUAUAAGCAACUGCUUUCUUUGUUCUCUGAUAAUUUAAGCAUGUCAACUACAAAUAGAUUUACUUAAUAGUGCUUUUGUAUUCGGAAAACUGAUUCUGACCUAUAGUUCAUCAGUCAAUGUUUGUUUAAUUAUUUUCUGACUUUCUAGAUGCUAUGAAUUGUAUUUUUGGUCCAUGCUCUUGCACUUCUUGUAGGUCACCUUGGUCAGACAAAUACCAUCCACCAUUGGAAGAUGGACCCUAUCCAUCAUCAGAGUUGAGGAAACUCGAAAUUGAAGCUAACGAUAUCUUUUCAGUCUACCGUGACCAGUGAGGUUCUUUACUUUCCUCGUCUUCCAGUGUGCUUGUUUUCUUAAGAUUGUGGAUAGAGUAAAUUUCUAGUACCAUC